AUUUAAUUUCAACGAAAAAGAAACACGUACAUAAACGGAAAUCCCGGAGGAGAAAACAUUAGAAUAGCUACCAAACUGUAAUCGAUGUAGUCCUUGACAAUCUCUCCAUAUACAGAAAUCAAGAAGUUUCGAUAACUCUAAUCGUUGAAGAAUGGACCUUUAAACUUUUCGUCCGAUUCUCCGAAUAGCAUAUCAAACUAUGGCCUAUUCAAAUGCAGGGGGAAGUUAUUUAGAAUCAAGUCUUGCGGAAAAUUUCAUUGAUGAACCAUGCGAAUCUAAAGAUUGUGGACGUAAAACAAAACUUCGUGUGGAGAAGUGCUGUCACAUUGUAUGCGAAGUCUGUCUAUCAGCUGUCCGUGGAUUUAAUAAAAGUGGAAAAGAAGUUUAUUUUUGUCCAGUAUGCUUUAUCACUUCUCGAGCACAGUCAACUUGGAUUUUACCAGGAACACUGCACAAAAUGUGUGUCUGUAAGAAAUUGUGCACACUAUGCUUUCUUCAAGAGGCAAUUCAUAGACAUGAAUGUGGACACAUCCUAUGUAUUAGAUGUCUGCGCCAACUGGCAGACAAAACAGGACAAUUACACUGUGAAGUUUGGUCUUGUCAAAAGGAAGUUAGUCGAAGGGCCAUUGAUGAUCGCUUGAAGACAGUCAACAGCAUUUUGAUAUGGCGACAUUUUAAAGUUCCUAAGAGAUAUGCUAACAUAUGCACAUCGCCUGGUUGCAUAGAUAUGCCAAUCUUCACUUUGAAGUCCUGUGACCAUUCGGUUUGCUAUAAAUGCGCAGUUGGAGGCCUUGAAAGAAAAUCCUUUGACGAAGAGUAUCUCAAGUGUCCAUCAAAGACUUGUGAGACAACUCUUCCCGCCACUACUUUGGAGAACUACUUGUUCACCUUAAAGGGUCUAUCAUUCAUGACAGCAGUCUUUCUCGAGAUUACGUCAUGUAAAUGCUGUAGAUGUGGAGAAGACAAUUUAUGCAAUGAUAAAGAUAUACACGUCCAUCUUCGAAACAGAUACUGUGUUCACGACCAUGCGUUUUGCGUAAAGUGCCUCCAGGAAAUUCAGAAAGAACGGCGUUCAGAGUGCGAAGGAAACAUAUUAGGAGCUGACAUUACUGAAGUCCAAAUAACAUGCUUAUAUAAUCAGUGUCCUGUAAAAACUCCAAUGCGGUGUAUCAACAACAUGAUAGAUGGUUUACUUGGAAAGAACCCACAGUUCUUGGUUGAUGUAUUCCUAAGACCCUCUGACAUUGGGGAGAAAUGUGAUACUUGCCAUAAAUGUGAUGCUUUUGUCACAAAGCUCGUCUGCUCACAUGCUGUUUGCCUAACAUGCAUUGGAAAUAUAAUCAGAGACAAUGAAUGCUACGAACAAUGCACACCAGUGACAGGCCUAUGCUCCAAUAAUAUCCCGAUAACAGUUUAUAAGACAGUACUUCACGGAUCGUUUUCUAAUGGACAUCAGAAAAACAAAGAUUGCAACAAACCUGAUUACAAAGGUCGUCUACCAUUAUGCAUACAAAAAGAGGACUGCAUUCGAGAUACAGUGACAGUGACUUUAACUGCAAAGUCGGAUUACCCCUGGCCAAAUGCUGUGGCUAGAUGGCAGAAGAAUCAUGCAGAUUUACCAUUUGAUGACUACAAGUAUCGGAUCAUAAAUGAUGUACAGACUUUCAAAUUAACGAUUUACAACUUCCAAACGCCGGACGAGGGGCGAUACAGAUUGAUUAUGGAAAUCCCCAUGGGUGAAAAUGAAAGCGAGGAGAUCGAUGUGAAAGUACCAUACGAUAUACCAAAAUUAAGAGUUCAAAAUAUGAAAACUGACAACAGAACUCUGUGUCUUAAAGCAACAAUCGAAUCACAGAUACCUAUAAUUAUUAGUUGGUGGGAAAAAGACGAUAAGAAGAUAUCAAUUUCAUCUUCCUCAUCAAAAUACAAGGAAACGGAAACAAAAGAUUCACGGGAACUCAUCAUUUUGCAGCCUUCAUUGUCAGACCACGGAUCCUACAAAUUCAUCGCACAAAAUGCCGUUGGACAGGGGGACAGCAAAAGCAUUGAGCUGAAAGUAGAAAAAGAGUUCCCAGUGUUGACAGUGAAAAUGACGCUCUUGAAGAAGAAUACAAAAUUACAACUUAUUGGUCAUUGUAAUCACAAAAUGUGGAAUGGAGUUUGGAAGAAAAGUGGUAAAAGGGUUGAUACAGGGAACGCUACCAAAUUUUAUACUCCUUUUCCAAACGCUGAAGGAAAUGUUACUUUGGUAAUUUAUAAUGUAACUAAAGCAGAUGAGGGAAAGUAUUCAUUCGAAGCCACAACGAAGGAGGGUGUAAUCAAAAGCGAGCCGGUGAACUUCAUCAUUCCCCGAGCAUAUGCAGUCCUUUGCCCAGUGACAUGCGAAACCGCAUUUGAAGCAUGUCCCGGACUUUUUUGCGGCCUUCGUAUGACCUGGACUGAUUUUGUGCUUUCUCUAGAGAAUAAAGGACCAAAUGCAAAUGUGCGUGAUCCACAGACAAAUGAUGAUCGUGCGGCAAAGAAGAGCGGCAAUACACCUCCCAUACAUUCGCCAUCACAAGGCUUCCAUAAUCUCAGUUUAGAACAGGGUGCAGAAUGCAGUAUUGGUUUGGUAGAGCCGCCAUAUGAUGAAGAAAAUAGAUGUCAAAUAUGCGAGAAGCCGGCAGUUGCAGAGUUUGAUCUAUGUAAGCAUAGAUAUUGCAUUGAGCACCUUCGGUAUCUGUGUAAGAUUAGUGCAAGUCGUCAUGUCAAAUGCACAGAAGCGAAAUGUUCAUCUUUCGUCACGAAAACAGGAAUUGAAAAGUUUUGCUGUGGAAUAUCGUUUCAACUGAAGAUGCCAAUGUACUUUGAGGUCAGAACCAAGGGAAUUUGUGGAAAAUGUUCAAGAAAGGCUGUUUUCAAAAUUCUUUCUUGCAAUCAUGGAUUUUGCAAACGUUGUUUAUUUGACUGUAAAGGGAAGAUGGAAUGCACGGUAUGCUGUAAUGGAAGAAUCCCAACGGAAGAUUAUUUUGAUUACUUGCGUUCAUCUUUAGAAACGGAAGAGGAAACGCCGUUCAUAAUAAAAAGAAAUGACGUCGACAGCGAUGGUUAUCAAACUUUGUUCUUUUUGAAAUGUUCAACAACGAAUUGCACAAACGAGGCUGAUUUUGCAAUUAUUCGAUGCCGUCAUUUAUUUUGCAACACUUGUGGAAUGCAAAUGGAAAGUCUGGACAAUUCGUUAGAAAUCAAACUAGGAAAAUGUUUAGUCGACGGAUGUACAGAAUUAUUCCCGUUUCCUUCAUUUCUUCGAUCAAAGAAAAGGGACACAAAAGAAGAGACAUCUAUGUCAACUCUAACAUCUGUAGCUGGUAUUGACAAUGCGCAUGCGUCAGCUCCAUCUACAUCUGGGGAGUACAGGCAGAUGGAAGCCACCUCUGAACACCACCAUUCUUCGAGUGAGAAAAGAAAAAAAGGCACUGAUGAUAAAGCUGUUGAAAAAAGGUUGAAGCCUAUACCCUCCAGAGGUCUAUUGAAUAUAGGGUUUUCAUGCUACAGAAACAGCAUUUUACAGAUACUGGCUGAGACGCCAAAGUUCCUUGAACAAAUACAGGAUGCCAUUCCGCAUAAGACUGAUCAUUGGAUAACUGCAUUCUGUGAAGUCAUAUAUGGAAUUCAGAAUCAAUCCACAGCGGAAAAAGAAGACUGUCUCCAUUCAUUUCACUUUGGUUUCAACCAAAUCAACGCAGGAUUUCAAGAGUAUCGGCAAGAGGACACUCUCUCCUUCUUUACAAGUCUUCUUAAUGGAAUUGAAGAUGAAUAUAAUAAUACCACAAAAUUCAAAGGUGAAGGUGAAAAAUUGUUGAAUCCUGUUAACAUAUUCAAAGGACAAUUGAAAGAUAGAUAUUGCUGCAAAGAGUGCAGUCAUAUUGAAGAUUUCAACCACAGCAGCUUCUUCAGCCUACCCCUUCCACGAAUUGAUUCGUCUAGAAAGACGAUGACUAUAGGAUCAUGUUUGAUGGGACUCCUGAAGAAAGAAGAAGUAGAUUUACCUUGUUCGAAGUGUGGAUCCCUGGGUGUUACAAAAGAAAUGGAUAUUGUAGAAUACCCUGAAAUUCUUGUCCUACAGAUUUGUAAAUUGGAGGAGGUGGAAUAUUACGGGAUGGAGAGAAAAUUGGAGAAGCAAUCAUUCCAAAAAUUUCGAUUUUGGGAUGAUUUCAAAGGGCUUACUAAUAAAGAGUUGAUAAAGAAAAUUGGUCUAAAAACACUGCUCCCAUACAGAUUAUUCGGUGUCGUGGUUCACUGGGGCAGUGAGAGCGGGGGCCAUUAUAUAUCUUUUGUGAAGAGGAAGAGCGAUCGUAAAUGGAUCAGAUGCGAUGAUUCGUAUAUUACGGAUAGUAGCAUUGAUGCUGUUCGGAAAAGCGACGCGUAUUUGCUUUUUUAUGAAAAGAUCAGUUCUGAAACCAAAGUAUAAAUUGGUUGAAAUGUUAUCUUAUAUAUGAUUCCAAUUUAGUCCAGGAAAGAACAUUUUGCAUUGGAAUCUACCUCUAGUACCGAAAGAUGGAUAUUGAUAAUAAUCAAAAUGCGAGAGUGUGUUUUAUAUGGAAAAAUAAGAGUAAAUGGAUGCAAACAAUAUUGGGGAGUUGUUAAGAAAGUGAUGGUACAUAUUUUUUUCUUUGGAAUCUUAUCAUCAAAUAUAAUGUGUUGUGACAAUUACAUCGUGAGGUUACUUAGAGGUCAGGUGUCGCAGAAAAAUUAUCUACGAUGUUUUUAUUUGCUUUUGUUUUUUGGUGUUUGUGAUUGUUUUUUAAGUUUUUGUAUUAUCAUUGUUUUGUGCUUGAUUGAUGUAUUCUAAGUUUCCCUAGUUGUCGGGGGGGAUCCAAUGUUUCUUUGUUACAUAUAUAUACAUGUGAGCUUAAUAUCAUAUAACCAUGAAUCUUUAUACAGGCACAUUAUUCCAGCAUUUUCUUUUGUUUCCAAUGUCGACAAUUUAUUUAUCACAAGAGUUUUGCAUUGAAUAUUGAUUUGACAAACACAUAUAAGGUAGGGAUUUUUGGGGGUGGGGGAGGAGUGGGAGUACACAUUAGGGGUUCUUUAGAUUGUUCUAGGCAUGUGUUUGGAUUUUUUUCUUCGAAAAAAAAACACACCACAAUUAUAAUAAAGGUAGCAACGAGCUAAAAGGAUUAGGACAGAGAAACAUAGAUUCAAUUAAUUUUUCACGUUGAAUAUGGAAAUAAUCCUUAGUUCUGUCGAUCUAAUGAAAAUUAUACUUGUGUAUUUCGCUCCUCUACAAUACAUGUCAUAGGGGAACGAAAUACUAUAAGUACACAGUAUAAAGCUAAUUUUAAUUAGAUUAAAAACUCAUUGUUGUUAUGUGGAUUAUUCCCAUUCGAUGGUAGUGUUAUGAUCCCCUGCACGAGGCAGUUUGCCAAACUUAUUGAUAAUGAGAAGGCCUAGUGUUUAACGAAAUGUAAUAUGGAUCAAAGCCCAGGCAAGACAAUAGAUGUGAAUUCAUACAUGAUCUUUGUUAUAACGUCAUAUUAGAAUUGAAGAAGUGGCGGAUCUAUUCAAAAGAUAUAUUACAAUGUACAACAGAAGAUAUAACCCUCUUUUCUUAAAUAUCAACCACACACGUCGAGUUUACAGUUUUAAUUGCUAUGUAUAUCUAAAGAUUCUAAAGUUUGAAAUAGGGUAAUACCCCUUGACGUAAUUUUUUUUCUCUUUAUGUCACAUUACUUUCUUUGACAAGAAAUUGUACAUACUUCUUUAAAAGUAUGUAAGUGUGUAAACUUGACAUAUAGUGAUCGUGGUCAAAUUUUUGAUUUUAGGCUUUUGAAUAGAGUUCGAUGCAUCGUUAUUCAAAAUAUGCGAGAAGUCUGCUAUCUACUUAUAUUGUGUGAUUUAUUGGACUAUGAUAUUUUUCUGUUUUAACUAUCCGUUCCAUGUAUAUUGCACAUGUUCUUUACGUACAUUAAUGAAUUGUAUUUGAAGACAUAUAGUGUGUACAAAUAUCAUCACUGUUCUGUCCAUGGUUAGUAUUGCAGCGUUUUGACGAGUUGUAUGUGGGAUAGUCAGUGAUGUUGCUGUUUAGGCGUGUAUUUGUUCAAGAUAGGCUAAUGGUGGACUAAAGUAUUAUGCAUACGUAUAUAGAAGCUUUGAUUUGUUUGUUUUGCUUUACAGUAUCCAACUCGGAAACAAAUUAAGUUACAGAAUUUACCGAGUGGCAGCAUGUAUAAUGUUGAUCUUUUGUGAAUAUUUCACUUUACAAUAAGAGAACGCAUUAAUCAGCAUAUUGUAAAUAUUGAAUAGCAAGAAUGAGACACAUUAUGCUUAUAUCCAUGUACAGCGAGUGGGAGAUAUUACUUUUAAGGAAUAUAUGGUUUUUAUACGCCCGUCUUAAGACGGGACGUAUUAUGGUAUGGCGUUCAUGUCCGUCCGUCUGUUAGCUUUUUCGUGUCCGACCCGUAACUUAAAUACCACAAGGCCUAGAAUCAUCAAACUUUGUCUGUAGAUGCAUCUUGGGUAGAAGGUGUGUUGCACAUUAAAACCAGGUCACUGUGACUUUUCAUUAAGACGCUAUCCGUCUGUCCGUCCGUCUGUUAGCUUUUUCGUGUCCGACCCGUAACUUAAAUACUACAAGGCCUAGAAUCAUCAAACUUUGUCUGUAGAUACAUCUUGGGUAGAAGGUGUGUCGCACAUUAAAACCAGGUCACUGUGACUUUUCAUUAAGAAGAUAUGGCCAUAUAUGGCAAAAACUUGUCCGGCUCAUAACUUGAAAACUAUUAGACCUAGAAUCACCAAAAUUGGUCAACUAAUGCAUCUUAGGUAGAAGGUGUGUCGCAUCCUACUUUAAGGUCACUGUGACAUUUAAUUAAGGUGAUAUAAAAAAAUGUUUUGAUGGGUACAAUCUAUACUGUUAACAAUAUGUGACGGGCGUAUCAUGUGCCGUGGCGGUGCACUUUAUUUAUGGUGGCUCACUACACCUUGAAAUAGUUCCUCAAAUCAGUAUGAAUUGAUUAAGCCAUAAAAGAUGCCAUGGUAAAUAAAAUGUAUAUAUGCCAAAAAGGCACAAAAUAUGCAAAUUGGGAUAAAACACGAUUUAAAAAAAAAAAAAAAAAACAUUUCAACAUAUGAAAUAUUUUGUAUUGCUUGUAGGAGUUGUGAGAUUGAUCACUGUUCGUUAUCUUCACCUUUCAUAUGAACAAAAGACUGGCGGAUUUGAACUCGAAAUCUGCGGUUCUUCAGCCCAAUGCUUUUUUUUUCUCUUUUAUUGAUUAACAUUUAAACAGAUAUAUCAAGACUAAUCAUCAAUUACAAUCGUAUUUAAAACACUUUGUAUCUAAAAUAUGAAUAAUAAUAUUCCCUGUUUCUUUCUAUAGAGGAUUUAUAUGUAAGAAAAACUUUUUAAACAGGUUCAUUUUCUUUUCUAAUAAUGGUUAUAUGAAAUGUAAUGUCUCAAUGUAUAUCUACAAAGCCUUUCAUUAUCAAUUGUCUUUUCACUUUGCAAAAAAACCUGUCUUCUAUGAAUACAAAAUCUGCAUACCGAUAUAACAUAAUUGACAAAAAAUACAUUCACGUUUUUGGUACCCUUAUGUAAUGCUGUCAUGACGGGACGUAUUAUGGUACAGCGAUGUCUGUCCGUCCGUCCGUCCGUCCGUUCGGGGUUUUCUCUUUAUAAUUUCAUUUCCCUUUCACAUAUCAUGCUGAAACUUGCUAUGUAGCUUCUUUGUGGGUCACUCUAGAUCAUACUGCAAUUUUGAUCCAUUUCGACUUUUUGUCCAGGAGUUUUGCCCCUUUAUUUGGAAAUAAUUAUUAUAUGGAGGGUACAUAAUUUGUCCGCCCUACUUCUCCCACAGUUUUCAAGUGAGAGCCUUCUUAUUAAGUGGAGUGUUUGUAUGGGUAUUGAAGAUGUGCAUGUGGGAUGGAUUUUGAUUUUCUACAAUUUUUGAGAAAAUUACAGGUUGUUGAACUUAGUCUGUUUGGAAAUUAAUAUUCUAUGGAGGGUACAUAAUUUGUCCGCCCAACUCCUCCCACAGUUUUCAAGUGAGGACCAUCUUAUUUUGUGAAGUGUUUGUAUGGGUAUUGAAGAUGUGCAUCUGGGGAAGGAUUUUGAUUUUCUUUUAUUUUUGAAAAAAUUACAGGUUCUUCAACUUGGUCCAUUUUGAAGAAAUCUCGAUUUUUAAGCUAAGACCCUUUGUUCAUAUGAAAGUUUGUCACAACCUCAUGAUGGCUGAUACUACCUGAAGCAAAGUUAUACAAAUUAUAGCACAAGAAAAGCACCCUAUGUAAGCAUUUCACGGGCGUAUUAUGUACUGUUUGCGGUACUCUUGUUUGAACUAACAAAUUAUAAAAUAUUUGUACUGUACCGGAAUGGAACACUAUAUUUUGAUCUGUAUAUGAAAUAAGAAAAUUUGGCUGAAAGCAUGUUCUUUUAUACUAAUUUUCAUUGACAUAAUUUUUCCAUUCUUUUGGAAUAGAUAAUAUCAAAUCCUUAUAAUUUGUUGUAAUCAUUGAGAUAUUUAACUUUGAAUUUUGUUCUUGAGAAAUCUUCACAAUACAUGAUAUUGGUAAAAAUCCAGGAAUUACUUCAUAUGAAAUAUCCUUGACAUGUGUAAUACCAGCACUAAUAAAAUCUUUCCAAUUCAA